GAUAACCGGACAUCUAAACCGAGACGGUGCGCGCACCCGGGGCCAGGUGGGAGCGCGCUGGGGAGGUUGCUCAUGUGACAAAUGGCAAAUGCAGAAGUAACAGUCCCAAUGGGGGACGUAGUGGUGAUUCCCAGUGAUUGUGCCGAGGGUGAGGAUCCAGAAGAUGCAAAAACUCAGGUCAUCUUGCAGCUGCAGCCAAUACCCCAUGGGAUUUAUGGGGACGUAUCGGAUACCAAUGCUGCUGUUGUUUCCUUGGAAACACACACACUCAAGAUGGGAGACACGCUGGAUGGUGGUACAGUGGAGCUGAGUGAGGAUAUUGACAUUGCAUAUCCAAUUACUUGUGGGGAAAGCAAGGCCAUCCUGCUGUGGAAGAAAUUUGUCUGUCCAGGAAUAAAUGUCAAAUGUGUUAAGUUUAAUGAUCAGCUGAUCAGUCCCAAACACUUUGUUCAUCUAGCUGGAAAAUCUACCUUAAAGGACUGGAAACGAGCCAUCCGCUUGGAGGGAGUCAUGCUGAGGAAAAUGAUGGAUUCAGGGCAGAUUGAUUUCUACCAGCAUGAUACAGUCUGCACAAAUACAUGCCGAAGUACCAAGUUUGACCUCCUGAUUAGCAGUGCCCGUGCACCAGUACCGGGGCAGAGCAACGUUGUACAGGCUUCUACCACAGGAGAAGGUAACCUGUCUACAGUGGCUGUGUCAGAGGAAACCGUGGAAGAUGGAACAAUUGAGUGGGGCUCAAGUCUCACUGCCACAAUGCAACUAAAUAGAGAGGAUAGAAGCAAAAAAGAAGGAGAAGAGAUAUCUGAGGAGACUUUGCUGUUUUGGAAAGGUAUUUCUGAUGUGGGCCUAAUGGAUGAAGUUAUCAGCAAGGUUCAAAAUGAAAUAGAGGUUCUUUUAAGUGGUGUCCAACAACGAAUGAAUGAUUCUCCAUUCCAGGUGGCAGAUGCCACGGUGCUCAGUAACAUUGCACACAGCUUUGGCUUUCUUGAUGUUGUUAAGAGAAUCCUGGAACAGAAAAAGAAUCAGACAGACCAGAGUGAAGAACAGUAUUAUUACACACUGACAGAUCUGGAACGUCAGUUGGAAGAACAAAGGAAGCAGGAAGGAAGUAGGUCACCACUUCUUCAAAAUGUAGUUUUGAUGCCUGUGAACAACCCCAAACCACCCAAGAGACCUCGUCUGCAACGCCCAGCAUCUGCUGGCUCCUUGGGGACCACAUCUAGUCAACCACACUACACAGUUCUAUCACCACUCACUUUAGCUCCCGUUGGACAACAAUUCUCCUUGGGUGGACUGAGAUACACCACUGUACUUGGCAAAGCUGGGGCAGGGGAUGCCCUAGCAGUACUAACAACUGAGAUGCAAGAAUCAGGCAGCUUGGCUGAGAUGAUGAGCCCUGUAGAGUUGGUAACCAUGGAUGCAGGACUCGGACAGGAGGGAGUUGGUGAUGAGGGGCAGACUAUCAUUCAGAUAGACCCAGCACCAGAUCCAGAAGGGGGGUCAAAGGUCAUGGAACUUGGCGAUGGAAAGGUGCUAGGAGUUGGUCAUUCUGAUGGAAUACACAAUGUAGAGAUUGUGGUGCUAGAAGAUGAUUAGGAAGUAGGAAGGAUGAAAGUAAAUUCUGAAAUUGUGAAAGGUCUGCUCCAAGUGGGAGGGAUUUUUUUUUGUGUGUUGAUAACAGUAAAGGGAUUUAACGCUUCACUUUGAACAGUGAGAUUUGGCUUAUACUGAUGGACCUAAAUAGUAUCUUGCUAAACCAGACCUUCUGCUGGAAACUAUAUGUAUGCUUUUAUCCUAUGUGUUUUUCUGUACAGAAACUGUGUUUAAAAAAAAAAAAAUAAUAAUUAGAAAAUAAUUUUUUAA